AUGUAUUCAGACGAUGAUAUUUAUGAUGAUGGUAUGGGUUAUUCUGACUUCAACGAUGAGGAUUAUUCACCUGACGACGACACAAAGGAAGUUCCGCAAAAAAAUUGUACCAUUAUUAACACCGACGUUAUACGUCAGAAACAAGAAAAAGAUAUAUCGUCGAUAUCUAAUCUGCUUGUAGUUUCAAGAGUUUCGGCCGUUAUCUUACUUCUUGGCUAUAAUUGGCGUGUCGAAAAAUUGAAGGACGAAUGGUUUGCUGAUGAACAAAAGGUUCGUAAAGCUGUUGGCUUAUUUCCCGAGAAGCCAAUUAUUAAUGGAAUUGAAAACAUAAGGCAACAGAAACUUACGUGUGGGAUAUGCUUCGAAGCAUAUCAUCACUAUGAGAUGUAUGAUGUAGCUGCUGGGGCUGCUUGUGGCCAUCUUUUUUGUAUGUCGUGUUGGAAAGGAUACAUUGGCACAUCGGUCAAUAAUGGACCUGGGUGUUUGAAGUUGCGGUGUCCUGAGCCAUCUUGUAAUGCUGCAGUUGGUCAAGACAUGAUAAACGCAUUCGCUUGCGAAGAAGGUAAGCUUAAGUAUUCUACUUACCUUCUCAGAUCUUAUAUUGAAGAUAAUAAAGAGUUCAAGUGGUGCCCCGCACCAGACUGUGGUUUAGCCAUUAAAUUUGAGAAUGGUAGUGACAGUUGUGAUGUUACUUGCGAAUGCACUUAUAGCUUUUGCUGGAAUUGUAGCAAGGAAGCGCAUCGUCCGGUUGACUGUGGCACCAUGGAGAAGUGGAUUUUGAAGAGCAAUGAUGAGUCUGAAAACGUACGGUGGAUAUUAGUUCAUUCCAAGCCUUGUCCAAACUGUAAACGACCGAUUGAGAAAGAUGUAGGGUGUAACCAUAUGACGUGCUCAAUUUGUGGAUUUGAAUUUUGCUGGAUAUGUCUUGUUUCCAUUAAUAAUCAUUCUUGUAAUAGAUUUAAGGGCGAUAAGGGCGAUAGAGCAGAUGACAAUUUGGAGAGAGACACAGCUAGAAAUCACUUGGCAAAAUAUAGUCAUUACUAUGAAAGAUGGGUAUCUAACCAUAGGUCUCUGGAUCAUGCAGUUGAAUCUAUGAAGAAUAUGGAGAUAUAUAGACAACUGGAAGAGCUUCGUUUUAUUCUAUGCCUGGAUGAUGAGAAAGAGCUCAAAUUCAUUAAAGAUGCAUGGGAAAAGAUAAUUGAAUGCAGACGUGUGCUUAAGUGGAGCUAUGCAUUUGGAUAUUACUUGCCUGAACAUGAACAUGGGAAGAUACAGUUAUUUGAAUAUCUGCAAGGCGAGGCUGAGUCUGGAUUAGAAAGUCUUCAUCGAUUUGUAGAGGAGAAAUUACAAGUAUUCCUGGGGCUGGACUUUGAUGCUCCAUUAGAAAAUUUCAAAAAAAUUCGUGAGGCGCUUGAGAAAAAGACUACCGUCACUGGGUAUCACUUUGAAAAACUGGUCAGUGCCUUCAAGGACGGGCUGUCAGAAGUACAUUCACAAGGUGCAGGCAGCAGCAACAAAGAAAGAGCUGCAUAUGAGUGCGGGGGUGAGGGACAAAAGUACGCCGGCACCACAAGUCUGAAUUAUUAUUCGAGUGAGUAUAGUGAUGAUGAUUAUCAUUAG